ACCCGGGGCUCGGAGCAGCGAGAGGAAGGAAGACGCUGGCAUGGCCGUCAACAUGGCAGAAGAGGACGCGAGCGAAGUAACUUCUGGGGGCAUUUUCCAGGAGAUUUUCACGUCCCCACUGAACCUGACUCUGCUCAGCCUCUGUUUAUUCCUGCUGUACAAAAUCUUCCGCGGGGACAAGCCCCCGGAGCUGAGCGAGGAGGAGAAGCCCUUGCCUAAGAUGAAAAAGAGGGACUUUACUCUGGCGGAGUUGAAGCCGUACGACGGCGUGCAGGACCCGCGCAUCCUCAUGGCCGUCAACGGGAAAGUGUUCGACGUGACCCGGGGGAAGAAGUUCUACGGACCAGAUGGGCCAUAUGGCGUGUUCGGUGGCCGCGAUGCUUCCAGAGGCCUGGCAACCUUCUGUCUGGAGAAGGAGGCCCUGAAGAACGAAUACGACGACCUUUCGGACCUGAACGCCAUGCAGCAGGAGAGCCUCACUGAGUGGGAGACUCAGUUCACUAUUAAGUAUGACUACAUCGGCAAACUUCUGAAACCUGGAGAGGAGCCUUCGGAGUACACUGAUGACGAGGAUGGAAAGGAUGGAAAGGACAAGAAGACGGACUAGGAUGCAGAAAGUGACCAAAAUGGAAGAACGAGAGAUGCCUUAAUGUUUGUAAUCUGACACAAUGACAGGCAACGCCUCCAUGUCAUACACACGUCCUUGUACCCUUCGACCAAACCUGGAUACGACAUUUCAUCUUUAUUUCCAUAUAACUUCUCUGAGGGCAUUAACGGUUAAUCAUGCUGCAAUGUAGAGCUGUAUAGUUUAGAGCCGCUGCUGCAAACUUUUGAUCCUCAGAAGAGUUUCAGCAUUUUACCAAGCAGCUUAUUCAUUCAUUUUGAUCAGUUAGAUUUGUGUAACAUUAUGCAGUUUCAUCGUGGGGUGCGUGCAGGAAUAUCAGGAGGUAGUUUUCAUGUAAAUAACGGAAAAUAUAUUGAGAGCCUGUAGCCAGAAGGCAGAUUUCACUGAAAAGCAUCAUGUUUUUCUUACUUAUUCUUAUAAUUGUUUAAUCCCCCUAAAAUAUCCACUGUAAAGCAAGUCUUUUAAAGCUUGUCAAAUGUGCCUGAAUUUUUCAGAAUUGGUUUUAAACACCAUUCUAAGUGUUAGUAUAAAUAGGUACAAGCCUCUUUGAAAAGAUUACACUUACUCUUUUUAAUUUGUAGAGGAACAUGCAGAAUAAUAAAAA